GGUCAGAAGUCCAACUACGGUGACCGCGGAUUUCGCCAUCAUCUCAUGGGAAACAGUUGCAAUGACCUGAUUGAUGCAGAGCCACAUUUGACUCUCCUGUCUAAUCAGGCUGAAGUCAUUGCCAAGAGAUUCAGCAAAGAUGUUCGAGCUUCCUUCGGAGACCCACACAACAGACUACCCUGCAUGAACUUCCAGAUGGAAUUCAGCGUUGACGUUGAGUGUGACGACGAUGCGCAGAACUCAACACUGCCUACGUUGGAUUUCCAUCGUCAAUGCAGAUAUGUCCUGAAGGAGUUCAUCCAGCCUCAUCAAAACGUCUACGAAUAUGGGGAGCAGGCUGUCUGCAUUCUCUGCUCUGUCGAUCUCCAAAUGAAGCGUGAGGUCUUCGCCGCACCUCUUCAUAAUGACCUGCGCCUUAGGUGA